UUGAUGCGCCAGAUUUUUAACGUGCCAUCACUAUGAGUUGUUGCCUAGUUGAUACUGACAUGAGAUUUUAAAACUAUAUUUUUAACAACAGGAUAAUUUGAAAAAAAACAAACUAUUAUAUGAUGAAGUUUUUUGCCGUGGUUUGUUUCGUGUUGUCCCUUACAGAGAGAGGUGAAGCUAUUUUGAAGAAAUGGAACCUGGACGCCAAUUUUGAGAACCCCAACAACUGGGAUACCAAGAAAGUCCCGUGCGGAAAUGACGUCACGACGAUCCCCGAGCACAGUCCCGUGAUCUUCAUGAACACGCAAGCCACGCUGAAGGAGCUGCAACUACCCAGCAAUGCGGAGAUCAUCUUUGGCCUGAAUGCUGGGAUUUCCUUCAGCGACGCCCCUUACCCAGGGUGUAACAAGAGCGAAUACGGCAUGACCUUCGCGGCCAUCACCCCCCAACCCUGGCUGGACCCAGCCAGCUGGUGCCCCACCUCCCAGAGCUCCCCCGGGGCGGCGUGCGUCACGACCACUCCCCUCCUGGACACCGAGAUGGUGCCGUGUCCCUACGAUGACGUCAUCUUCCCCAAAGAGCACACGUUCCUGGUCGACCUGACCAGCGCGGGGAACGCCAAGUUCAAGGUCAAGUCUCUGAAGAUGUGGCAGGAGACUUUCUACUCCAGCGAUACCAUCAGCAGAUACCUCAACUCGUCCUAUGGUAGACGGACGUUCCCCCUGGGCCCGGGGGUGGGGACGGACAGGUUUGAAUUCACGCGCGGCUGUAGUCAGGUGGGAGGCUGCCCGUGCGGGAAUGACAGACCCGAGAUCGCCAAACAAAUUUGCUCCUACGCCGGACAAAGAUGCACGCGACCCCGGUGUAAAAACGCCAUACAGCCCGUGGGGGCGUGCUGCAAGAUGUGUGGAGCAGUGUUUAACUUGACAACCGGUUACGGCUUUAACUUCGAGAAUUUUAAAAGUGCCGUCAACAAUUUGUUCUCUAAAAACGCCAGCGAUGGCGUCAAGCUGUACACGUCACUGACCAACGAAGGCUGGGUACAGGUGGUGCUGAGCGACUCAGACCAGGUGAAAAGUUUACAGUGGGCGGCGGUGCUGAGGGACGCCCUUAAGACAGAUAUCAACAGCGGUUCUCAUGUUUUUGCUAUCGACCACAUGAUCGACAACUACGGGGAGCCCUACACCCCCCCGGGCCCAGACCAACACACAGGUGACCAAAGCUUGACCACGGUGUCAUUAGCCGGGAUUAUCCUGGGCGUCAUCGUCGGCGUUCUGCUCAUCAUCACAAUCAUCGUCGUCUUCGUCUUUAGAGUCAGCGGGCGUGGUCUGUUCCUCCCGUCCAUGCCAAGGUCAACCCAACCCAGGACAGCGGCCCACAUUGACCCAGGUUUCGCCAACCCGCUUUUUGACGUCUCGCCACUGGAUGACGGGAAUGCUGUGUUUAGAGAGAUGGAGCUGAUCGGGACGUCCCAAGAUGACCAGCCAACGUUUGACGUCACGGCCAAAGAGAAUCCUUUGUACGUCACAACCAAGAGUUUAUUCCGCGACGCCAGCGCCUCUGACGACCCCCCUCCCCACAGGGGCGUGGCAGUGACAUCCACCUCUGGCACUAUCCCCAUUGGACAUCCGACAGGGGGGUCUGACAGCACCAUUUAGCACGUGCUCGCCUGAGCAAUGCAAGUUGUCAAACAUUAAUUGUGUACUCACCAUGGACUUGACCACAUACAACAAUCUUCUAGGAGCGUGUGUUGUGUUGAAAUAACACACCGAUUUGUAUGCACACGCUUACUUACACUCAUAUACAAACACAUACAAAUAUAAUAACACACAUCUUUGUGUAUAUAUAUGUAAUAUUUGGGAUCAGGGCAUUCCCCUCCCCUAGUUUAUUGCUUUUUUUUAAAA